AUGGUGUUGGAGGUUCAAACGAGUCAAGUAUUGGAGGCGGCUUCACCUCAUGAAUCUCAGCCGACACGCUCGGCUUCAGACGGGCCGGUUGCCCCUGAAACGCCACCCCGCGAAGCUGCAGCUUCAUCUGCUCCUCGCGCUCUCUCUGCACCCACCACACCACCACCCCCGACUUUCUCGUCGCACCAACCGCUCUUGUUACCUACAUCGCCCCCACCUGGCCAAGUGCACUUUGUCACACACAUCGCGGUCACCAUCCUGCAGCAUCACGCCCGGCGAUCAACAGCCAUGGAGCGACAAGAUCUGGCGUAUGUAGGUUUCGGCGACCUUCCUCGUGAGCUUCGCGAUCAGAUCUACGCCGAAAUUGUCGCCGUCGAUGAAACUGCUGUUUGCAACGUCCACACCCAGGUCGUCACCUCCCAUUCUGGCGUGAUGAUUGCCAACAGAUGCAUCAACACAGAAUACAACGAGGCGGUGCAGAAGGCUCAGAGCACUAUCGCGGUCCUACAUCACCCCCACAUAUACGACCACAGACCAAGGUCGGCUCAUGACCUCUACCUGCUCUCCAGAUGGGCCCUCAGGGAAGCUGCCUGGGUUCCUGGCGAUGUGACCCGAGUCCUGAUGAUGGUGCACAUCAAUGGAACCAAGUUCGCGUCAAGUAGCGACAACAACCCCAUCGCUUCCAUCGAGUCGCCAGACAUCAGACGCCUCAUCACCCGCAUUCUCAAGGACCUACUCACACGCUUCUUCCUGGAGCAUGUCGUCAUCAAGAUUGAGCUGUCCAACGCCGAACUCAACUGGCACUCUUGCGAUCGGAUGGUGGACGUCAUGGAGGAAGUCAACUCCAUCAUCAAGGGUACCAUGAACACGCCUUUGCGAGCUGUCGGCGUUGUCCUGCCCGGCCAUGCGGGAUUCUUCCUAGAGCGGGACUAA